UUCUCACCAUGUAACAAUAAAUAUCUGAACGGUGAGACUGCCAAGUACAUGCAAUCUUAGGUCAAAGACUAGUGUCUUGUGCUUAGAACUACAAACUAUCUCAAGCAAUGUGAUUAGGUCUCCGCCUCCCCUUUCCUUCCCUAGGCUACACGCCUUCCAGUAGAAGUGCAGACGGCAGGCACAGUACAUGAGAGCAGUGUCCUGGCGCAAACUGCCCAGCAGGUAACAGCACAGCAGAGAAAUGCAGAGCGUGUUGGUGUGGCUUCUCCUGCUCUGCAGCCAGCGCUGCUCUCCUUCCGCUGCCACCUUGCAGCUGACCAUUCUGCACACUAACGAUGUGCAUGCCCGAGUGGAGCAAACCAACAGGGACUCGGGCAAAUGUGGGGACCCACAAGACUGCUAUGGUGGGGUGGCCAGGAGAUUCGCCAAAAUCGAGGAGAUCCGGAGCACUCACAGACAUGUGCUGCUGUUGGAUGCUGGGGAUCAGUACCAGGGCACGAUUUGGUUCAACUACUACAAGGGGCACGAAGCUGCUUAUUUUAUGAAUUACCUCAAGUACGAUGCAAUGGCUCUUGGAAACCAUGAGUUUGACAACGGUGUCUCUGGGCUUUUGAGCCCCUUUCUCCAGGAGGUUAAGUUUCCUAUUCUGAGUGCAAACAUUAAGUCAGAUAAACAACUGGCUCCAAAUAUUACUGGCUACUAUCUCCCUUAUAAAAUACUAGAGGUUGGCACUGAAAAAAUUGGUGUAAUUGGCUACUCAUCAAGGGAAACUCCAGUUUUAUCAAAUUCAGGCCCACAUUUAGUGUUUGAAGAUGAAGUAUUAGCUUUACAGCCGCAAGUGGAUAAGCUUCUUACUCUUGGUGUCAACAAGAUAAUAGCUUUGGGGCACUCUGGAUUUGAAACAGAUAAACUUAUUGCUCAAAAGGUUAAAGGAAUCGAUGUUGUUGUGGGAGGCCAUACAAAUACUUUUCUUUACACGGGUCCUCCACCUUCCAAUGACGUCCCAGUUGGUGAAUAUCCUUUCAGCGUCAUGUCUGAUGAUGGCCGUUCUGUACCAGUUGUUCAAGCAUAUGCUUUUGGAAAAUAUCUUGGAUACUUAAAUAUUACGUUUGAUGAACAAGGAACUGUGGUGCAUUCUUUCGGAAAUCCAAUAUUGCUUGACAGAAGCAUUCCAGAAGAUGCAACACUCCUAGGAGAGGUCAAUCAAUGGAAGGAAGCGAUAAGGAAUUACUCUUCCCAACCAAUCGGGAAAACAUUAGUAUAUCUGAAUGGUUCCUCUUUGGAAUGCCGUAAUCGAGAGUGCAACAUGGGAAAUUUAAUCUGUGACGCUAUGAUUGAUAACAACAUUCGGCAUCCUGAUGAAGUGAGGUGGAACCACGUUUCUCUCUGCAUCUUGAAUGGAGGAGGAAUUCGAGCGGCGAUCGAUGAGAGAAUUAGUAAUGGAACCAUUACAACAGAAGACCUUAUAUCAGUUCUGCCUUUUGAAGGCACCUUUGAUUUGAUUGAAAUUAAAGGGUCCACAUUAAAAAGUGCAUUCGAGCACAGUGUUCAUCGAUAUGGCUCUGGAACUGGCGAAUUCCUACAAGUUGGUGGCAUCAAAGUGGUGUUUGAUACAGAAAAAAGCCCUGGACAACGAGUUGUUAAAUUAGAGGUUAUCUGUACAGAAUGCCGUGUACCAAAAUAUGUUCCCGUGGAAAUGGACAAAAUCUACAAAGUUGUGCUUCCCUCUUAUAUUGCUGCAGGGGGUGACGGAUUCAGUAUGCUUAAAGAUGAAAGCUUGAAGCACGACAGUGGUGAUACUGAUCUAACAGUCGUAUCCAAUUAUAUUGCUCAAAGGCAAAGGGUUUACCCUGCAGUUGAAGGAAGGAUAACAUUUACAAAUGAAGACUCUCCCAAUGGAGCUACGCACACAUGCCUUGGCAGUUUUCCAUUGGUUUCUCUUCUGACUUUAUUUGCAUUAUUGCAAACUCUACUCUAAAAGCUGUCCUUUCAUAUUUAACUCUUCAGUGCUGGCCAGUGCUGUGAAGCACUGUAUCUUGUAAGGUUAACAAACAAGCAGUGAAGGGAGAAAGAGGACUGAGCCAUAAUAGACUGCUGCAUGGGGAUAUGCUGUUGUUUUCACUCCAUAUGACUAAAGGGCUUCUAUAAUAAAAAGGGCAACGCCUGCCCAGAUCUAGUAACGCCUUAGCAACAAACGAGCAAAUAUAAUCUAGAAACAUCUGGUUGGUUGCUAUGAGUUACUAGAACUGGGCAGACAUUGCCCUUUUUUAUUACAUCUCCCCAUGAGUUCUUCAUUGUAAACUGCCAACUUUUUUACUACCCUUUUGAUCACUUUAUCGGCAAUAUCCGCAGUGGGAGGAAAAUAGGAACUUGGGGAUGCUUGGAAGAUCAGAUCAAAUAGAAUUUUUAUAUAGAAUAGGUUGUAUCUGUGAAAGUGAAUGUGUACCCUCCCUCGUUGCUUGGCAAACACUGACAGCUACUGCCUGUUUAGACUCCCAUGUUUUAAUUUCUUCCAUUGCACUACAUCAUAUAAGAAGGCACAAACAUACAUCAAACACCGAGUCUCAGCUGCUGUGCAUGGCAUUAGAUCCCCUGCCAUGACUGCCAAUUGUUCAUCAGGACAUUUUGAUCAUAAGCACACUGCAUCUAUAUAAAGGCACAAACAACUGCUGUACUGUAAUAUAUAAACAUAUAAGGUGCAAAUGCAGUGUGCAAAGUACAAAAAAAGUGUUUUUUUCCAGUGUUGCUGAUGUAGUUGUAGGAGAGGCGCAAUGUGUAUAAGCUGCAACUGUGAUGAAAAUCUUCAGUGUUCAGUCACUUCUUGCACCUGUGCCCAAUUCUUUAGGGGCAAGUUUACCCUGCAUCAGUAGGUGCACUUGUGCACAAUUUCUUGGAGCAAAUGAAUGCUAUGUGAAAGUGCAAGAAAUGGCUUUGGGCUCAAGUACCCUUAAUGAAUGGCACUGAUUUGUCAGAAAGUCGCAUCUUUUACCCUGUGGCUACAACUGUGGUUGCGAUUGUAAAGACGCCCUUUUGUUUUUAAUACAAAAUAUUAAUACAGAUUUUAACAGUGUGCAAAGAACAUUGCCAUUAACUGCAUUCAGAGUGACCCUGCAGGUAGAUUUAGGCUAAUGCCACAUGUAGCGUAUUCUCCGCAAGCCGAAAAAUGCUUGACGAGAAUAUGCUCCUAUCCUUGCAGAUCCUCUUAUCUGUGCACCCGAUAGCAUUGAAUACACUUGGGUUCAGACACAUGUAGUCGAUAUCCACUGAAAAUGCAAAGUCUUGUGGUUUUUGGCGGAUAUCAGCUACAUGUGCCUGCACCUGAGCGUAUUUAAUGCUUUUGGGUGCAGGCACAGGUAGGAGGAUUUUUAAGAGUAGGGGUGAAUUCUCA